AUGAUUAUGGUCUUCUCAGAUCAGAACGACCCCGCUGCAGCCCAAACAUAUUCAGACGCCCUCACAUCCGGCUGCUACGGAGAGGCGGCCUGGCGAUCGGACAGGUCAUCGCGGACAAUGCAAGCACUGCCGGAGAAGACGCACGCGGGCAGCUCCGACUCCAAGAUGGAGACCAGCAAACUGGAGAGCUACUACCAUUUCUGCGGCAAGGGUUUGAGGAUCACCCGGGACUUGAGCAAUAACCUCGGCAUAUCCGCGAUAAUCUGGGAAUCUGGCCUCGUUCUCUGCCGGUACUUCCAGCAAGAAAAGAUCGAUUUUCUGGGGAAGAAGGUGAUUGAAUUAGGAUCGGGCACUGGGAUCGUGGGGAUCCUUGCAACCCUGCUAGGUGGAGACGUGACUCUCACGGACCAGCCCUCCGUUCUGCGCCAGAUCGAGUUCAACGUGGCCACCAACGUCCCCAAGUCCAACCCAUCCCGGGCGAUUGUGUGCCCUCUCCGCUGGGGCGAAAACCAGAGCGAGUUCCCGGCGGAUUUCGACGUGAUCCUGGGCUCGGACAUUGUCUACAGUCCGCUACAUUUCCAGGGCCUGAUACAAACCCUGCGGCACCUGAGCAGCCACACCACGGUCAUCUACAUCUCCUCCAAGAUGCGGGAGGUCAUGGGAGCUAAGGAAUUCCAUGAGAAGAUCCUCCCGCAGUACUUCAACUGGGAAAUCGUACACAGAAACGAAGAGAAAGAAAUCAACGUGUACAAAGUGACCAAGAAGAACUCAGGCACCACAGAUCAGCCACUGCCCUAGCCCCUUAUCCCGG